AACAGAAGAUUGAUCAUGUUGUGGUGUUCAGGUUGCGCUAUAGCAGAUCCUAACAGUUGCACGUGCGAACAAGCGGGAUGCCGGAUAACAGACCCAACUAAAGACAUCCAGUGUUGUCCUGAUAACGACUGUAACAGUAGCUGGAAGAGCCCAGACUCCAGCGAAGGAGACGAUAAUAAGAACUAUGAUGUUGAUGAUGACUCAGAUGAUACUAAAGACAAGGAAACAGAAGAAGAAAUAGACCCCAAAGAGGAGGCAGUCUCAGAUAAAGAUUCUUCUUCUUCCAGGUUUACCCUAUCAGCUCUUCUUCUAUCUUCCUUCAUCGGUUUCUUCCUUUGUCAUUGAUCGAGACACAUUCCACAUAUUCUACUGUGGAUGUUCACCUCGAUGUUAUCUGAGCGCUGUAAUUACCAUGUUGACUGUAAUUGAGGAAUGUAUUGUGUUAAUGAGGAACGAUCUCCAGGAUCUUAUUGUUUGAGGUACUAUUUUUAGGCAGCUGGGGUCGUUAGUCACGCUCAGGUCU